AUGGGCGGACAGUUCUCCCCAAAAGAUCCCAUGAGAUGUCCGCAUUACGCCCGUUUUGCGGCUCACCUCGAGAGACCACAGUUUGACGGUAUCUAUUGGACAUUCUUUUUCUCGGUAAUAUUUAUCCUAUUCGUCUCGUCAUGGAUAUACCAAUCGACGAUGAGAUACCGAGAAAAACCAGAAAACUGCGAACACACGUUUAGGAGGAAGCUCAAGAUUUCACUCGCAUGGUGCACGGCGCUGUUCUUCCUUGCCGCCAUCCUCCUAAUAUUCGAGGUUUUUGCCCUUCUAGCGCUACAAUUUUGCGAUGGGGAGGACCUCAUGUCGCUCUAUUGGUCUACGUGGACUAUGCUCCAGCUCGGGUCCGAGAUUGCGAUCCUGGGCAUCAACCUGGCUAUGUGGCAUCAACUGUUUAAUGUCCGGCAGCCGCUCUGGGCACUUGCAUUGGGCACCCCGGUUCUUGUCGUUGCGGGGAUCGGUCACAUCAUUCACCUUGCUCUCCGGAUGUUUUAUAAGAAGGCCAAGAAGAGUAGACGGGCAAGUAAGGAUGUCCGUGGAGAAAUGACAGAAGUCUCUGCGUCUUCCUCUUCAGCACCAACCAUUAAGCCCGAGCGCGAACACGUUGACCAAGCAAGCACACCCGCAACCGGGGAAUCCAUGUGUUUCGCGAUAGAUGUGGGUGAUGACGAACGGGUAAGGCAGUGGCCAUCUUUCGUCAGGAUGUCAGACGGCAAGGCAAUCGUGCGGCUGACUGCGAUACAUGCCUGA